GGCUCUGACGCCCCUGUGCCCGCAGCGCGCUCCUGCACCAUCCACAAGGAGGACCUGCAGGACGGGCUGCCGGUGCUCAUCCCCAAGGAGGACAGCCUCAUGUACGCCGGCAGCGUCAGGACCCUGCAGCCCCCCGACAUCUACAGCAUCGUCAUCGAGGGCGAGAGGGGCAACCGGCAGAGGAUCUACUCGCUGGAGCAGCUGCUGCAGGAGGCGGUUCUCGAUGUCCGGCCGCAGUCCAGCCAGUACCUCCCACCCGGCACCAGGGUCUGCGCCUACUGGAGCCAGAAGUCCCGGUGCCUGUACCCGGGCAACGUGGUCCGAGGUGAGCCGCAGCCAGGGCCCCCGGACAUUCCCCAGGCAAAGCUGCGGGCAGGAGGCGCGUAGGCUCUGCCCCCCAGGCCUACGCGGGGCCCAAAGAGCUCCCCGGUCAGCGGGCAAAGGUGAGGGGCUGCUGUGGGGGAGACAGGUGGGGGACUCCAGCUGUCCGA